GUUUUUCAACUUUAACAUUCCUUUCCAUGGGAAUACGCUUCGAGAUUCAAAAUUUCAACAAAAUAAUUUUCUAAGUAGAUUCAAGAUUAAAGUAAGGAAUGGCAAAUAUGAAAAUAAGAGCUUCUGUUCGUAAAAUUUGUGAAAAAUGUCGACUAAUCCGUAGACGGGGACGAAUUAUAGUAAUUUGUUCCAACCCGAGACAUAAACAAAGACAAGGAUAAUCGAAAAGAGAUCCUUUAAAAAACCGAUGUACAAAUAAAAAAAGAUCUGUUUUGAAAGGAAAUGGAUAUAUCCAUAUAUCUUUGACUCAUAUUUAUGAGAUGAUAAAAUAUGGCAAAAACUAUAUCGAGAAUUGGUUCACGUAGGAAUACACGUAUUGGUUCACGUAAGAAUGCGCGUAGAAUACCAAAGGGAGUUAUUCAUGUUCAAGCAAGUUUCAAUAAUACCAUUGUGACUGUUACAGAUGUAAGAGGACGGGUGGUUUCUUGGUCCUCCGCUGGUACUUGUGGAUUCAGGGGUACAAGAAGAGGAACGCCCUUUGCUGCUCAAACCGCAGCAGGAAAUGCUAUUCGUACAGUAGUAGAUCAAGGUAUGCAACGAGCAGAAGUCAUGAUAAAGGGUCCGGGUCUCGGAAGAGACGCCGCAUUACGAGCUAUUCGUAGAAGUGGUAUACUAUUAACUUUCGUACGGGAUGUAACCCCUAUGCCACAUAAUGGCUGUAGACCUCCUAAAAAAAGACGUGUGUAAAAAUAAACAUUGAAGAAAUUUCAAGAGAAAUAAACGAUUCAAUGAUCUGAUCAAAUAAUAUUACUAUGGUUCGGGAGAAAAUAACAGUAUCUACUCGGACACUACAGUGGAAGUGUGUUGAAUCAAGG